AUGGCUCCCCUGCUCCUGGCCGGCUUCCUGGCCCUGCUCUGCGCACAGCUGGCCCAGCCGGCUGGCGUGUUCGAGCUCCAGGUACACUCGUUCCGCAGCAGCGCCCGCAGCCUGUGCCCCAGCGCCAGGCCCUGCCGCCUCUUCUUCCGCGUCUGCCUCAAGCACGCCCAGGCUGUGGUGUCCCCCGAGCCCCCCUGCACCUUCGGGGCCGCCCUGAGCGACAUGGUCCCCGCCGACCGCAAUGCUGUGGCCACCAGCGCACCCAUCCACGUGCCCUUCCACUUCAAGUGGCCGGGCACCUUCUCCCUCAUCAUCGAGACGUGGAGAGCCGAGGCCGGCGAGCCGUCCACAGAGGACGCCCAGAACCUGAUCAGCCGCCUGGCCACGCGGCGCCGGCUGGCGGUGGGUGAGGACUGGUCCCAGGACGUGCAGCUGGGCGAGCAGAGCGAGCUGCGCUAUUCCUACCACGUGCUGUGUGACGAGCACUACUACGGCGAGGGCUGCUCCGACUACUGCCGCCCCCGCGACGACCCCUUCGGGCACUACGCCUGCGACGAGCUGGGCGCCCGCGUCUGCCUGCCCGGCUGGAGGGGGGAGUACUGCUCCGAGGCCAUCUGCCUGCCGGGCUGCAGCGAGGGGCACGGCUACUGCGAGCGGCCCGGGGAAUGCAAGUGCCGGAUCGGCUGGCAGGGGCGCCUGUGCGACGAGUGCGUCCGCUACCCGGGCUGCCUGCACGGCACCUGCAGCCAGCCCUGGCAGUGCAAUUGCCGGGAGGGCUGGGGCGGCCUCUUCUGCAACCAGGACCUCAACUACUGCACCAACCACCGGCCCUGCCAGAACGGCGCCACCUGCACCAACACGGGCCAGGGCAGCUACACCUGCAGCUGCCGGGCCGGCUUCACGGGCACCGGCUGCGAGAUCGAGACCAACGAGUGCGACAGCAACCCCUGCAAGAGCGGCGGCAGCUGUGACGAUCUGGAGAACGACUACAAGUGCACCUGCCCCCAGGGGUUCUAUGGGAAGAACUGCGAGAUCAGCGCCAUGACCUGCGCCGACGGGCCCUGCUUCAACGCGGGCACCUGCGCCGAGAAGCCCACCGGCGGCUACACCUGCCACUGCCCCCUGGGCUACCACGGCUCCAACUGUGAGAAGAAGAUCGACCGGUGCACCAAUAACCCAUGUCUGAACAGUGGCCUCUGCCUGGACCUGGGCCGCCGGGUGCUCUGCAAGUGCCGGCCGGGCUUCGCCGGCACCCGGUGCGAGCGCAACAUCGACGACUGUGCCUGCAACCCCUGCGUCAACGGCGGCACCUGCCUGGACGGGGCCAACAGCUACACCUGCUCCUGCACCCUGGGCUACGGCGGCAAGGACUGCAGCGUGCGGGUGGACGCCUGCGGCUCCAGCCCCUGCCUCAACAGCGGCACCUGCUACACCCACUUCUCCGGCCACGUCUGCGAGUGCUCGGCCGGCUACAUGGGCUCCAGCUGCGAGUUCAAGGUGCAGAGCCCCGCCCCGGCCAGCAGCCGGCGGCUGGCGGCCGACGACCCCUUCCCGAUGGCCCUGGCCGUCUCCUUCGCCCUGGGGCUGGUGACCCUGGCCCUGGUGGUGUGCGCCGCGCUGGCGGUGCUGCGGCAGAUGAGGCAGGGCCGCAAGGCGGGGAAGGGCACCGUGCGGAAUGACCUGGACACCGUCAACAACCUGAAGGAGAGGGAAGGUUUCCUCAUUGCACCCGGGCGGUUCAAGGUGCCCAACAAAGAGCCCAAGUUUGGCGGCGACGGCCUCAGGGACAAGUUCAACUGCAAGCGGAAGCUGCUGGAUCUCAGCGGGGACGCCGCCUGCAAGAAGAAGCCGGAGAAGUAA